AUGGCGAUGUCCACUAUCAUUUCACCCAGACGACCAGAUUUGAAGAAACCGAAGACCUUAUUCAAUUUCGGGUCUCUUCUCCUUGAGAAUAAGAACACUGUGGCUCGAGACCAUUUGGCCUCCGAGAGAACGUUUCUCGCAUGGCUCCGGACAUCGAUCAGUUUAUCAUCGAUAGGAAUCGGUCUUACACAAUUGUUGAAGAUUGGAGAGAAAGACUCGAAUGGUGAUCAGCUUGUCAAGGUAGGAAAGAUUAUGGGUAUGUGCUUUAUAGCGGUGUCUACUCUAACUCUUUGCAUUGGUGGAUUUAGGUACUUUGCUGUGCAAGAGCUGCUUUUAGAAAAAAAGUUUCCAGCCAGUGUGACUGGAAUCGUGACUGUGGUGGUCUUUGCUAUGAUAUUGAGUAUAUCCACAUUUAUAAUAGUGAUGAAGAUGUAA